AUGGCAGACCGUGUUACCUUGUCGGACUUCGUCUGGGUGAGGCCGAUAGGUAAGACGGAAUUCGAUGUGCCAAUAGCAGUAAAGGUUCUAAAGAGUGCCGGUGACAGAAUCGAAGUAAAGGAUCAUGAUGGCAACGUGUUCUCUACGUCCAUACAAAAUGUCCUCAAACCGCUACACUCGACGUCAGUACAAGGAGUGGAAGACAUGAUCACACUGGGCGAACUGCAAGAGUAUACGAUCCUUCAUAAUCUUCAUAUGCGGUACUCCAAACAGCUGAUAUACACAUAUACAGGCUCAAUGUUGAUAGCAAUAAACCCGUAUGAAAUUCUACCCAUAUACACGAUGGAUCAAAUACAUUAUUACCAGAAAAGGAGCCUGGGGGAAAUACCGCCUCAUAUAUUUGCUAUCGGUGAUAAUUCCUAUAGAGAAUUAUUGGAUACAUCGUUGAACCAGUGCAUCGUAAUCAGUGGAGAAAGUGGUGCCGGUAAAACAGAAAGUACAAAAUUGUUACUUCAGUAUUUGGCCGCAGCCAGUGGCAAACAUUCCUGGAUUGAACAGCAAAUCCAAGAGACAAAUCCCAUUCUUGAAGCUUUCGGUAACGCCAAGACUGUGAGGAAUGACAACUCGUCUAGAUUCGGCAAAUACGUAAACAUCUAUUUUAGCAAACAAGGUAUUAUUGAAGGAGGAAACAUUGAGCAGUAUCUUCUUGAAAAAUCUAGAAUCGUCUUCCAGAAUAAGGGCGAAAGAAACUACCAUAUUUUUUAUUCUCUUGUCACUGGACUGUCAGCAGAUGAAAAGAAAAGAUUGGAAUUAGGUCGUCCAGAAGAUUACAAUUACUUGAAUUCUGGAAAAAUGUUGACCUGUGAUGGACGUAAUGAUGGCUUAGAGUUCAACGACAUAAGAUCCGCUUUCAAAGUUCUCAAUUUCCCUGAUCAUGAAGUUUGGGGGACAUUUAGUCUUCUAGCCGCUAUUCUCCAUUUAGGAAACUUAAAAAUCAAAUCGACUAGUUCGAACAACAUGGAGGCAUCUGAAAUCCCUGAUAAUGCUGCUGCUAAUAGGAUUGCUAAUCUUUUGGGAGUUACUAAACUGAGGCUAUGUGAAGCUCUGACUAGGAAAACAUUCGUAGCUCACGGAGAAAAAGUAGUUUCUCCAUUAAACGCUGCCUCUGCGGUUGAAGGUAGAGACGCGCUGGUAAAAGCUAUAUACGGUCAUAUUUUCGAAUACAUAGUCGAAAUGAUAAACAAAACACUGUUCAAAGAUCAACAAGUGACCAGUGGAUCUGUGGGAAUCUUAGACAUUUUCGGGUUUGAAAAUUUUGAUUUCAAUAGUUUCGAACAACUGUGCAUUAACUACGCCAAUGAAAACUUACAGCAGUUCUUUGUGAAACACAUUUUUAAACUUGAACAAGAACAAUAUGCGAAAGAGGGCAUUCAAUGGACUAAUAUCAAUUAUGUGGAUAAUCAAGAGAAUUUAGAUGUGAUAGGUAUGAAGGCCAUGAAUUUACUGUCUCUGAUUGAUGAGGAGUCUAGGUUCCCUAAGGGUACUGAUGUCACUUUGCUCUCUAAGUUGAAUAGCAAUCAUAGCAACAAGAGCUGUUAUAUUACUCCUAAAUCUUCAAGGGAGUAUAAGUUUGGUAUCAGACAUUUUGCUGGAGAUGUGUCUUAUACAGUACAAGGUUUCCUCGACAAAAACAGAGACAUGUUAACAGCAGAUGUAAAAGAAAUGUUGUUGGAUUCAAGUAACGAAUUUUUGAAGAAUCUUUUCUUAACUGAGUAUGCUCCAACUCAAAGUGGGAGUAGGAAGACCGUCUCAUUGAGUCACCAGUUCAAAACUUCUCUUGAUUCUUUGAUGAAGACUUUGUAUGCUUGUCAUCCGUUCUUUGUUAGAUGCAUUAAGCCCAAUGAGUUCAAAAAACCUAAGAUCUUGGACAAAGCGUUAUGCGUUCGACAACUACGAUAUGCUGGUCUAAUGGAGACAGCGAAAAUAAGACAAGCUGGCUACCCUAUACGGUAUGCGUACAAAGAUUUCGUCCAUCGUUACCGGUUGGUCGCCCCGGGAAUUCCACCAGCUGAGAAAACUGACUGUGUGAGUGCUGCAAAGAAAAUAUGCGCUCACGUCUUCACUGACGACGACUAUCGUUUUGGACACACGAAAGUAUUCCUCAAAGAUUAUCAUGAUGCCCGCCUUGAAGAACUUAGGCAUAAGGUGUUAAUAACAGCGGUGAUCAAAGUACAAGCGAAUGCAAGAAGAUUCAUUUAUAGAAACAGGUUCUUGAGACUACGGGCUGCUGCUCUUCUUAUACAGAAGACGUACCGCGCCCGUGGUUACAGGAGUAAAUACCUCAUCAUGAGACGAGGAUACUCACGCAUGCAAGCCGCUAUCAGAUCAAGAGAACUGAGAAAGACCUUCAUAAAUAUGAGAGUCUUCUUCAGAAAGAUACAAGCGUACUGCAAGGGUUUUGUUAUUAGGAAAAUGGUUAGAGAAAAGGGCCAUUUAAUUAAGGUAAUGUUGGUACAGCUGCACAAAGAGAGAGAAGAACAAAUAGCGUCUGGUGUAGGUGCAGAAACUGCGGGAGAUAGUUACGAGAACAAAUACAAUAAUAUGAUUAGAUCCGUAUGGUUCCUGAAAGAUGCACAGUCGGAUAAUGUACAACAUAAUACUGAACCUGUAGGAGAAAAAUUCUUUGAUGACGUCUUCGGUUUCCUUAAGGACACAGGCACAGUCAGAGACGAUGGAGGGUCGAAGGCCGCCAGACCGGCGCUUUCGUCGGUAAUUCCGAUGCCAACGCAGGACAUGGAUGAUGAACCAUUCGAUGAGUACAACUUUAGAAAGUUUGCUGCUACAUAUUUCUUAGGAAAUACUACUCAUCAGUACUCCAGAAAGGCUUUGAAGCAUCCUCUAUUGGACUUGCCCUUACCGGUGGACAAGAUAGCAGCCCAGGCCUUAUGGAUCACUAUUCUACGGUUCAUGGGUGACAUGGCGGAACCGAAGUAUGUUGAUGAUAAAGUGGACAAUGUGCCUGUUAUGUCGAAUAUAGCUGAUACUCUUGGUAGAGCUUUCCAGAAGAGCAAAGAGUUUCAUGAAUAUAUGCAAGGCGAUCUCUCAACGAAUGAUAGGAACAAACUUAUGUCGAGAACACUGAAACAGAGAUCGAAAUUAGAUGAUGAAUUUAUGAAGAACCUGAUGAAUGACGAAGUGACCAGUGAAAUGUACGGCACUUGGCUCAAUUCCCGACGAAGCACUAACUUGGAGAAAUUACACUUUAUCAUUGGACAUGGUAUCAUUAGGAAAGAACUCAGAGAUGAGAUAUUCUGCCAGUUAUGUAAACAACUGACUAACAACCCAUCGAAGGCAUCACACGCUCGGGGUUGGAUUCUACUCUCGCUCUGCGUCGGUUGCUUCCCACCAUCCGAGAGAUUCGUGAAAUAUCUACGCGCCUUCAUUCGUGAUGGCCCACCAGGAUACGCCCCUUACUGUGAAGGUAGACUCGUAAGGACCUUCAAGAACGGUCCACGUACUCAACCGCCAAGCUGGCUUGAACUUCAAGCUACAAAAACAAAGAAACCAAUAUUACUUACGGUGACAUUAAUGGACGAAUCCACGAAGACUGUCCAAUCAGACUCCGCUUCGAAUGCUGAAGAAAUCUGCCAGCAGAUAGCUGAAAGUAUAGGACUUACAGAUUCAUUCGGUUUCUCGUUAUACAUUACUCUAUAUGACAAAGUUCUAUCCCUAGGCAGUGAGAAAGAACACAUACUAGACGCUAUUUCACAAUGUGAACAGUUCGCUAAAGAACAAGGAACGCCAGAAAAGAGUGCACCGUGGAGACUAUUUUUCAGAAAAGAAGUAUUUACUCCAUGGCACAACCCUGCCGACGAUGCGGUAGCCACUAGUCUUAUAUACCACCAAGUAAUUAAAGGAGUUAAAUACGGCGAGUACAGAUGUAACUCAGAAAAAGAUUUAGCCAUGAUCGCGGCCCAACAACACUAUGUUGAGUUCGGGGCCACUAUAGACCCUAACAUUUUGAGGAGAGUCAUCGUCAACUACAUCCCGAACCAAUUCCUUCAAUCGAACGACGCUGCUUUGACAAAAUGGGAACAUUUAGUAACCAAAGCAUUCGAAAAUUCCACAAGUAUUCAAAGUAAAAUAGAUCCUCUUAGAUGUAAGGAAGACAUUGUUAUAUUUGCUAAAUUAAAAUGGCCAAUGUUAUUCUCUAGAUUCUUUGAAGCUAUUAAACUUAAAGGAGAUACUAUUAACAAAGAUUUAGUGAUCAUAGCAGUCAACUGGACUGGAAUUUACAUCGUUGAUCAACAAGAACAUAUACUUCUAGAAAUAUCCUAUCCUGAAGUAACAUACGUCGCGUACAAUGCAGAUAAGGAUUACGAUAGUAUCGGUAGGAUUACAAUCAGAACAAUCCAACAAGAAGAGUUCGAGUUCCAAAGCGUCGAUGCUAGUGAAAUGAGUUCGCUAAUAAUAUACAUGAUCGAUGGUUUGAAGAGAAGGUCUAUUUACGUAGUCGCACAGUCUGACUUACAGGGUUACAGCGACGCUUCAUCCUUCCUUCAGUUUAAGAAAGGAGAUCUGAUUGUACUUAUGCAAGAUUUUAAGGGAGAGAACCUAACCAACACUACUUGGGGACAUGGUGUUUGCAAUGGUCAAGAGGGACUAUUCCCAACCGAACAAGUCUACAUCCUACCCACACUGGAAAUGCCAUCCAACACCAUUCUCGAAGUAUUUAAAAAGGGCAACAUUAAUACUGAAAAGAAGAGCCUUUCGAAAUUCAACACAAUUCAAAGAAAGAAAAUGCACACACUUGAAAAUUAUGCUAAACAACAUUUCAGAGAAAAUUAUGAUAUUAAUGCUACAUAUUCUAGAAUACCAACGUUAACUACUGCCAAGAAAUCCGUUGCUGGCGAUCUAUGGUGUCAUAGUAGAGAACCGCUAAGAAAGCCAUUAUUGCAGAAACUAAUCGGUGAUGAGAAGAGUUCUAAGGCAGCAAUAUCAGCAUUCUUUGCCAUCCUCAAAUACAUGGGCGAUAUGCCAGCUCCUAAAGCUAGAACAGUCACUGAAUACACGGACGAAAUAUUUAAGAACGCUGUGAAAGACCUUAAUCUAAGAGAUGAAAUCUACUGUCAGAUAAUGAAACAGCUGACGAACAACAGAAUACAAUUGAGUGAGGAAAGAGGGUGGGAACUCAUGUGGCUAGUUACAGGAAACUUUGCAUGCGGACAAACGCUUCUCAAAGAACUAGUGGACUUCCUCAAGACUCGGCCGCACCCUAUUGCUAAAGAAUGUUUGAAACGCGUGUUCAAGACACAGAAGAAGGGUGCUAGGAUGUAUCCCCCAUACAUAGUCGAAGUAGAAGCUAUACAACAUAGGAGCAUGCAGAUAUACCAUAAGGUCUACUUACCUGACGACACUGAUGAAGCUUUCGAAGUAGAAUCUUCAACUAAAGCAAUGGAGCUCUGCGAACAAAUCACUGGAAGAUUAAACCUUAAGAACAGUGAUGGAUUCAGCUUGUUCGUCAAGAUAGCCGAUAAAGUGUUCUCAGUACCAGAAAAUUAUUACUUCUUUGAUUUCAUUCAUGAGCUAGUGGAAUGGAUGAAGGCGACGCGACCUGUUCGUGGUGGUAUACUAAUGCAGAUGAACUACCAAAUAUUCUUUAUGAAGAAACUUUGGAUCAACACAAUGCCAGGCCGAGAUAAGAAUGCAGACCAGAUAUUCUAUUUCCCGCAAGAGUUACCGAAAUAUUUGAGAGGUUACCACAAAACUUCUAAACAGGAUCUAGCAGAAUUUGCAGCAUUGGUCUACAGAUCUAGAUAUGGCACUGAUCAGACCAUGCUUCCACAAAUCACACAAUCGCUUCAAGACUAUAUUCCGUCAGAUAUGAUCAGGAUCCAGAAUAAUUCACAAUGGAAAGCAGCUAUCCAAAAGGCCUACAUGGAACAGGGUAAUAUGACUGAAAAUGAGGCGAAAGAACAGUUUUUGAAGAAGAUCUAUUUACUGCCUACGUUUGGUACUGCAUUCUUUGAAGUUAAGCAAACUUCUGACCCGUCUUACCCAGAAAUGGUAGUUAUUGGGAUCAACAAGAAUGGAGUCUGUGUUAUUCAUCCUCAGAGUCGAGACAUAUUAGUCACUCAUCCGUUCUCCCAACUCUCCAACUGGUCGUCAGGAAACACAUUCUUCCACAUGACCAUGGGCAACUUCUUGCGAGGAACUAAAAUUCUAUGUGAAACCUCUUUGGGAUACAAAAUGGAUGACCUCAUUUCAUCUUAUAUCGCAGUUUUGAGAAAAUAUAUGAAGUAA